AUGGGACGAAGGAAGUCCAGCCGGAAGCCGCCCUCCCAGAAGAAGAGGACAGGCACUCUGGAGACCGAGUUCACUUGCCCUUUCUGCAACCACGAGAAGUCUUGUGAGGUGAAAAUGAACCAUGCUCGAAAGAUCGGAGACAUCUCCUGUGCCGUGUGCCGAGAGGAAUUCCAGACGCCCAUCACACACCUGUCAGAACCAGUGGAUGUGUUCAGCGACUGGGUAGACGCCUGUGAGGCAGCCAAUCUGUAG